AUGCCUUCCAACUUCCGCCGGUUGGCCGCAGACCAUGCCGCCCUCCACAACGAGCUUCCGCCGUACUACAUGUUGCCACCAGAUGACGGCCAUUUCGCCGAUGACCUGUCACAACUCAAUAUCCUUCUGGCCGGACCGGCAGGUACUCCAUAUGCGCAGGGUCUGUGGCGAUUACAUCUCAAGAUGCCGGCAGACUACCCCAAGAGCCCUCCCAAGGCGACCUUUCGAACCAAAAUCUGGCACCCCAAUGUCGAAGAGAACACCGGCGCAGUAUGCGUGGACACAUUGAAACGGGACUGGCAGUCAAAACUGACCCUCCGUGACGUCCUUGUGACAAUCUCAUGCCUUCUCAUCAACCCAAACCCAGACUCCGCCCUCAAUUCCAGCGCAGGAGCUCUUCUGCGAGAAGACUUUCUAACCUUCGCACACCAAGCUAAACUGAUGACCUCCAUUCACGCCCCCGUUCCACCGAACUAUGCAACCGCCGUCCGUGAGGCAAAAUACAGAGGCGAAGACCUGGACUCCAUUUCCGAGGAGGAGAAGAAAGAGGAAAAGGAGACAACAGCCCACCCACAGCUCCCACUGCCCCUCCCACCAACCAACAACCCACAGCUCCAGCUCCAGCUCCGGCUCCAAACCCCCCCUCAGGACGAAAACAUGAGCGACAGCGAAAACGAAGACCCAGCCAGCGCAAGCAAAGAAAACAACCCUUCCCUCUCCCCAACACCAAUUCGACAAAAUCUCACCCCACCAAGCCCCCGCAAAGCCCUAGGCAAACGGCCUCUCUCCGUCCUCUCAAUACCGUACCCCGACGACCAAGACACAGAGAUGAUGAUCAUCGACACAGACGACGACCAAGACCAACAUAACCACCACUCAUCAAGCUCCGAACAAAAUAUUACCGCAAAUAAUACCCAUCAUCCAAACACACGCUCCCGCUCCCGCUCCCCUCGCAAAUCCCCCAAACGCAUUUUCCUCGGCAAACAAGCCCUAUCAGCCACAACCACCCCCCAAACAAUCCCUCCCUUCCGACUUACAGACGACAUGCAAAUCUACGAGGACGUGCCAGACCGCACUUUGUCCGAUUUCUCAACUCGUUUCGGAACGGCUGGUCCCGGAAUGUCGCGCAGUGUUCAAGAACUACCCAGCCCGCACCGUGGUGCUGGUGAAAUAGAACCUCUUUCAACCCCCAAUACAGCCAGUGCAAUGCACCCCAUUUCAACACUCGCAGCUCCGACACAGUCAAAGGUCAUGAAAAAGGUUCCUUCGGGUGCUCGAAAAGGUGUACAGAAGGCGAAGCCCAGGAUCGGUGUGAGGCGACUUUAG